CAUCGCUCAUCCAACAAAACAACUCGGCCAGACAGCAAAAAGGAGACGCAAAAGAGUGAAAAACCAUACUUUAAUCUAGGAUUCCAGGGGAUUUGGGCGUGAAAAACAGAAAAAACAAAGAUGAGUUUCUUUGGGAAAAUGUUCGGUGGCAAGAAGGAGGUAGCCCCAACGACGGGGGAGGCAAUACAAAAGCUGAGGGAAACUGAAAACAUGCUCAUCAAGAAGCAGGAAUUUCUCGAGGCAAAAAUCGAGGAUGAGCUGAGUAUUGCCCGAAAGAAUGCAUCCAAAAACAAAAGAGUGGCCCUGCAAGCCCUCAAAAAGAAGAAGCGGCUGGAGAAACAGCUGCAGCAGAUCGAUGGCACCCUGUCCACCAUUGAGAUGCAGCGCGAGGCUUUGGAGAGCGCCAACACGAACACUGCCGUCUUGACCACAAUGAAGGAUGCUGCGGAUGCGCUCAAGAAUGCCCACCAGCACAUGGAUGUGGACAAGGUCCAUGACAUGAUGGAUGAUAUUGCCGAGCAACAGGAUGUGGCCCGGGAGAUUUCCGAUGCCAUUUCCAACCCAGUUGCCUUUGGUGCCGAUCUGGACGACGAGGAUCUCGAGCGGGAACUCGAUGAGCUGGAACAGGAGAACUUUGAUAAGGAAAUCAUUGGCAUUCCCGAGCCAGCGCCCACAUUGCCCGAGGCGCCCACAGAGGACUUGCCCGAGAAGGCCAAGGAGAAGAAGAAGGCCACAACUACUACGACUACAACCACGGCUGAAGCAGCCGAUGAUGAUGAUCCAGUCAUGAAGCAGCUUUUGUCCUGGGCCAACUAAAUCGAGCGCUAUUGAAAUCUCUUCACUGUUCACUGCAGGUUAACCAAAAUCCCCCACGUUUCUGUUUUGAUUAAAUAUUAAGUGAAAUUUUUAGUUUGAAGCGAGGAAGGCAUUAAUUCCUUUGGCAAUCUUUCAAUCAAUCAAAUGGUACAUAUAAAAGGAAUGUGAUUUAACAAAUAAUAAACGAAAAGAGCAAAGUCAGGCCACCCACACACACAUCAACAAAAUUAGACAACAAAA